CUCAUUUCGAGCUUAACAGCGGAGCAAAGACGUUCGGUCCGCGCGUAAGUGAACGAAAUAAACGAUAGUAAACCCAUUCGAUUUCGUAGUGAAUCUAGUUGGCAACCAAUCAAACUCAAAGUGCAGUACAUAUACUGACCUGUGCAACGCGAUUAGAGAUAAUAUUUAGCCUAAAUUUCAUUCAGUACGGCAAAGUGUUGGACUCAACCCCCCUCGGAAUUGUUAAAUAUUUAUACACACCACCAACGGAACGCACGCACUUAUGUACAUUACAUUGCGAGUGGCGCCAACAUAUGUAAAGCAGCGAUAAGAAAACAACCCAGAAAAGAAAAGGAAAGCAGGAAAUACAGGGGAGCCGAUACAGAGACACAAUUGUUGGUUGGAGGCUGGAGUCGGUUGGAGUGACUCAACUCCCUCAACAAUUGCCGCUGAUGAGGUGAACGAACUGGUCAGCUUCACAGCAUCCAUUUUCAGCCCCUCAUAUCGGGCAAUUAAGCCAACCCUAAUUGGAGGGCGAAAGCAGUUGGCGAGGAGGAGGGAGCAUCUUCGCUCAAGAUGCCAUCGCUGCGCCAGAAGGUCACCACUUACUUCCGCCAGUUGAGCUUCAUCGCGGAGCCUCGCGAGGGUCGCCGGCGGGCCAGCGAGCACGAGGAUGACGAUGGCAGCUUCAUCACCAAAUAUCUGGAGGGGCGCAUGCAGCGACAGUUUGUGGAGGGCCCGGAGAUCUAUAAUGGCCAGAAUCCCACAGACAUGCCCGUCCUCAAGCUGGACUCUUAUGAAGCUGGAACCUGCUCCAUAACAGCGGCCUGCACAGGACCAGAUGAAGGACUCACCGGCAUCAAGCGCUCCAAGCUUCAUCUAAGCACUAGCUUUGCGGACGACAUUGACUUCAUAGAUACGCAGCAGGAGAACGAUGAUUGCUAUGGUGUUAGGAAGAGUACACCGCCAGUUUCGGCAACCACACAGAACGCCACACGACUGGCCAGUAAAUUCGGACGGCCACCGACUGGAUCCCGGAGACAGAGUAAUGCGGACCAACCAUCCGGAUCCACUACUGCUUCGGGGAUGCGGUCCCGCAAGAAUUCCAAGAGCAGCAUAGGCAAUCUGGCAUCGGCUUCAAGUGGUACCGAUGCUGGCAAAGCCACCAGUGAUCAGAACAACAGAAACCUGUUGAAUGCAAAGACUGAGACCACGGCGGACGGGGAUUCCAACUCUGAACGGGAGCGUCUGCUCCGCGAGGCUGUGAGCAACCAGGGUGGCUCUGCUCCGGCUGCUGUGGUCGCCGGCGUGGAGAAUUGGCGCAUGGAGUGCGAUUUCGCGUAUGGAAUCUCGGUGUCUCUGUACGAGACCAACAUGCUGACCAAAGAACCCAUGGGCAAUCCCAUCGCAGACUGCUACGGAAUGGUGGUGCGCGGUGAUUCAGCAGCCAUGGCCAUGGCAGAUGGCGUCAACUGGGGUGAUGGAGCUCGUCUGGCCGCCCGUUCGGCGGUCCACGGCUGUCUGGACUAUCUGGAUCGGGCGGUAUUUGGUCAGGCGCUGGAGUGCCGAGCCACCACCACACAGGAGGUCUUCGUCAGCCUGCUGCGGAGCCUGUGGGAGGGCCACGGAUGCAUCCUAGAAGUUGGAGGAGCCCUGUCCACGCUGACCAUUGCCGUGGUGCUACCGCUGGACGGGUCACCAGGAAAGUACGUCGUUUGCUCGUGCAAUGUGGGCGAUUCCCUGGGAUAUGUGUACUCCAAGAAGCACGGAGUACGGGAACUGACCCAGGCAUCCCACGACAUCAGUUCCAUGCGGGACAUGCGCGACGCCUUGGGCGCCCUUGGACCAGCAGAUGGAAACAAGCCAGAGCUGAGCAAUCUGACCUUCUCGAUGAGUUGCAUCGAAAGCGGCGACAUAGUGUUUCUCACCUCGGAUGGAAUCAGUGAUAACUUUGAUCCCGUAGUGGGCAAAUUUGCCGAAGCCUGGACCCCAGAUGUUAAGCUUCAGUCGACAGGUCAGAGUAAACCGGCGAUUCUUGCUCCCAAGCGACAGAACAAGAGUGCAUCCGCGAUUUAUGCCCGCCUACAUCCCUCGACGCCGCCCACGCGACCCGCUCGUCAGUCCAAGGCGGGCAGUCCGCCCAGCAAUGCGCCCAGUCGACCGAAAUAUAUGCGUUCGCAAACGCUCAUCGAGCCACGUCAGGGACUUGUAUCGCCGCCGCCACCUUCAGUGGCCAUUCAGCGCAUUCCAAAGUCCAUUUCGGGUCUGCCCUUGGUGACUGGUCCUCAGAGGCAUGCCCUGACCCUGUACCGUUUGGAAGAUCUGCUCAGCUACGGCAUAAACGGCACCUUCUCGCCUUGCGUUUCGGCCCGACGGCUCUGCCACUUGCUCAUCGAUUUCGUUAGGAUGAUAACCUCCGCCAGGAGAAAGACCCUGGAACAGCGUGAGCUCUUCUAUAAGCUGUCGACGGGACCAGAUGGCGCCAAGCGGGAGGUUCAACUGAAUCGCAUGCAGCACAGGGCGGCCAGGAAGCGGGUGGUGGACAGCAGCGCUUUUGUAGCUCUACCCGGAAAACUUGAUCAUGCCACUGUGAUGGCCUACACAGUGGGCGGUGGGGAGGAUCACGAUACUGGCAAUAAUAUCGGCGAUGGUGGAGCCAUUUCCCCCGUACUGCAAUCCAAGGAGUUUAAGGAGACGAAUUUCUAAAAAUGAGAAAACGCUAGACUGCAGACUUAGCUUUUUAUACAUUUUUCUCACACACAUUAUGGGUAAUUCUGAAUUAUAUGUUAAAUCAAUUAUCUUCGGGGUCUGUAAUAAAUUCCAAGUGUAUAUUUCAUAUUCAUGUAAUGCAGGUUUUUAUUUAGUUAGUAACGCAGAAACUGCCAAUUAUUGAUUAUUUUUGAAAAAAUUCAAUAGUUCCGGAUGGACAAAAAAAUGUGAAAUACUUGAAUCAUAUUGUUAGAUCUUCGCCAAAUACAUUUUUUAGUUCGCCUAUCAAAAAAUGGAUAGCUUUAACUACAUUGAUUGGUAUUAGUUUGUUUAAUUUAAAAGGAGUUAUAAUAUAUAAUAAUAAUAUAUUAAUAUAAAUUAAUAUAUAUAUAUAUUAUUAUUUUGGGACCCUGAGGAAAAUUGUUUAUAUAAUACACUACCCAUAUGUACACAUAUAUAUAUAUUUACAUAAACACUUACAUAUAUACGUAGUGAUAUAUCUCACAUGUAUCUUAAAUAUUCAUAAAGCUUUUUUCUAAGUUUGUUGAUUUUAAUUCGGUAUUCUCACUUGUCAGCCAUAGUUUUUUAGCCAUUUAUUUGUAAAUUGCAAACGACAGAAAUGCCUCAAAUGUUUUAAACUACCAAAAAGAAUAAGAAUACACAAAUGUACAUCGUAUUUUUACACUCUCAUCCACAACUCAAUGUAAAUGCCACUUUUACACCAGCUGCAACUUUGUGAGCUUGCACAAUUUUAAAUUAUAUAUGGCAGCGUUUAAACAUGGUAACGCACAGCUUAAGUGGCCCAAAUGGACUGUGCCAAACGGGUCCGGGCAAUUAAUAAUUGAAUAAACGCAUUGGAAAAUUGCGCUUUUAAAACACCAUAAAA